UCAUGUCAGGGUUUGACAUAAGGAGCCUGCAGUCUAAAAUUAUCAACGCUGGGGAAAGCGUCAGAUGAACGGGACGCAGGGGAAAGAAUAUGGGGCUGUUUCCAGCACGAGCCUAGGCUUCUUUACAUCCUUCGAUGCCAUACGGGGUGAGGAGAGAGGAAACCUGCUACCCCCUCCUGAAUUUCCAGCAUAUGCCCCCAGCCUCUGCCCCAUCCCGAGAGGCAGGCGCAUAGGAGACCUCGUUUAAACCUGACCGAAAAUGCCACGUGCCUCGUUUGGGAAUGGUCACUAGGCGCGUUGCCAGGGAAGCUGACAUCAGAGGCUGCAUCCCCUAUAGAUUUAUCGCACAGUGCCGGGAUCCGUCCCUCGCCUGCAAAUGAGGCGAGGGCACCCAGAGGAAAGCCCCCGAGGGUACUUCGCGUCACCGAAGCAGGUUGCCUAGCACCGCUGGGACGGGGAGGGCCGGCCAGAGAGAGAGAGAGAGAGAGAGAGAGAGGAAGAGUUUGCAAACAGUGUCAUAUUUUUCUUGCUACGUCUUGGACGCUCGGAGAAAGACAGAGAGGCAGUGCUGCAGAACACGGCCGAGGGGAAGGGAGGAGAGGGCAAACCGAAGGUCUCGAUGGCUUCGGAGGCGGCCGAGCUGGAGCUGCACUUGGUGCAGGACGUCGAACUGACCCGGUGCAUGCGUCUGCGCGUCGAGAGCCUCCAGCAGAGGAACGAGAAACCGCAAGACGGGGAGAAGCUGCUGCAAGCCAACGAGUUCGUCUACCGCCUGGACUUCUCGCGCCAGCACGGCCUCAGCUUCCUGCGCUGGAACGUGCUUCUGGAGAAGCCUGGCAAGGUCACCAUCAUCGGCACCUCCCAGCAUUGGACGCCGGACCUCACCAACCUCAUGCGCAGGCAGCUUCUGGAGCCUGUGGCCGUCUUCUGGAAGAAGGCGGGCGCCCAGGAGGUCGAUUGGAACGAGGCCGACGCUCUGGAGUUUGGGGAGAGACUGGUGGAGCUGGCCAGGAUCCGGAAAGUCAUGUAUUUCCUCCUGGCGUACACAGACGGCCUGGAACCAGCCCAGCUCAAGUGCUCAGUCGUGUUCAAAGUCUGAGUUUGGCCUCUCUUGCCCUCCCAACUUCCUUAACUUCUCCUGUUUUCUCCCCGCUGCUGUCGACUCUGUGGCUGCUUUCUCAUUUUCUAAAACAAAAUUGCACCGUGGAGACGGUGCAGUUUAUUUCUUCCUGCUCGCCACAGGUGCCUGCCUCAAUUUGGGAAGUCUGCUUAUUUCCUUCUAUUUAUUUCUUUGCUUCUCUAACUUGGGAGGCCACGCUUUUUCGACGCGCUUUCAACGUAGGAUUCAGAGAAGCGGCGCAUGACGCAGCUUAGGCGGCAAAGUUUCCUAUCGGGAAAUGAGGUGCGUUUUCUGUUUUGAAGCUUUGGGACGGACGCGCACACGGGUGCAGACAGACCACCGAGUCAAGAAAUCCAUGCAACGCUGGUGCAAAAAGACUCCUUGGCAAUCUCAGAAGGCGACGCAGCUGGGCUGGAUGAAGCAAGGGCACCCCUGGGUGGCCGACUCCCAUCUUGCCCCAAUUCUUUACACGGGGAGAGCUGCGCAUCUGCACAGCUCUGACUACCCUUCGGAGCAAAGGGUAUAUUAGUGGAGCCAAGGACCUCAUACAUGGGACCGUUCGGAUUUUUAUUUUCCUUUUGCCUCUUUUGAAGCAAGCUGGUAGUCCUCAUGGGUUCUGGGAGAAAUACGGGGGCAGAUAUAGCUUAAAGCAAGGGGUAAAAGGGGAAGAGUCCAGUGAUGAAGACUUGUUGAACUAUUUCUUUUCAUCUCCCCACCCCAACCCCAGCAACCCUCAAUUAGAGCAUUUUUAUCACAUAGAGUGUUAUAGGUAUCUCCGCCCCCCCCUAAAAAAACCCCCACACAUACAGUGUUUAGCAUGAAGUAGGUGUUGUUGUUUAAUCGUGUCCGACUCUUCGUGACCCCCUGGACUAGAGCACGCCAGGCACUCC